AUGAGUGGAAGACCAAACAUUCCACAUUUAAAUAUUCCUCCACCAUCUAAUGUAGAAAUUUAUCAAUCAGAUAAUUCUCCUUUAUCGGAGAAUGAAGAGACGGCACGUGAAGAAAGUCUAAUACAAUGUUUAUUAUCUCAAGUUGAUGAGGCAAAUGUCACUGAGAUAAUAGCAUUUCAAAAAAUAUGUUUGGAAAGAUUAGAAAAGACAAAUGCAAUGCUUGAAAAUUGUCAACAAAUUUCUGAAACUAGAUUAGCAACAGCUUCCAGAGAUAUUGCUAUUGGGAGAGCAAAAAUAAUUGAAAUAAAAAAUGAUUUAGAAUAUAUAAUAAGAAAAAUAGCUACUAUUAAAAAAACAUUAAAAGAAAAGUUUCCCCAACAAUUUAAAAUAUCAGAGGAAGUACUUAAAAGACAUGAUGAGAAAUAA